CCUGCGCAGGGUCGUUGCUACGGGCGCCUGUCUUGUCGCUAACAGGAAAGAGGAAAACUACUUCCAGGUUAAGAGAGUGACCGGUUAUCCACGUGAAUUAUCAGAGGGUACAAAACGGAUUCCGAUGAGGACGUGAUCUUUGUUGCUGAAAAGUGUGCACGUAAAUCCAAUGAGAUUAUCGUUGACCAGGCGAAGCGACUGGCAUUGCAAAGAGACAUUGAUCAGCAGUCCCAGCCCAGACAGCUAGCCAAACCCUUGACAAGCCAGGGGUCUGUUACUGUGGAGAGGCGAGUGGAAAGGGAGAAAAUGGAGAUGGGGCAAGCAAGGAGUGAGGAUCGUUUUGCAAAGAAGGAGAAGAAACGCAAGAAAGGACAAGUCUCUCUGCCUAAAAAGAAAAACGUUACCGUUGAUGAUGGGAGCCUAGCAGAGGUGAAAAAAGAAAAGAAGAAGGGUAAAACAGUAGAUGUUAUUGUUAUAGAUACAGAUAAGGAGUCUUCCGAUGGAGGUGGUGAAAAGGAAGAGAAGAAAAAGAAGAAGAAGAAGAGGAACAUUGUUACUGAAUCUCUGACUGAUGGCAAUGGUUCUGAUGUUAAUAAUAAAAAGAAAAAUGGCAAAGCAGUCAGCAAAAAGAAGAAGAAGAAGCAGCAGCAGCAGCUGUCUGAGAAUCAAAUGGAAACUGAACAGUUCAGUUCGGUAAAAGAAGAAGUGGAAAAGAAACAGAGGAAGAAGAAGAAAGUAAAAAACAAGUCUGCACAAAUAAAACCAGAAAAUGUAAAGAUGGAGAAAGAGGAGAAAAAGAAAGCCAAGAAGGGAAAACACAUUAUAGUUGUGAACACAGAGGUGAAGCAAAUUAAAGAAAAGAAGAAGAAAAAGAAAACUAUUGAUGAUGACACAACAGAAGCUAUGGAUGGAAUUAGUGUGACAAAAAAGAAAAAUCCAGCUAAAGUGAAAGUGGCUGAGAAUGGAGUGAAGUUAGAAACACCGAAGCGAGAGACUGGUGAGGUUGAAAAGGUAAAGGUGAAAAAAAAGAAGAAAAAAGAAGGCAAAACGGUGGAGAAAGACGAUCUGCCCAACAAGAAGAAAGACAAAUCCACAGCGAGUGAGAUUAUUAUCAUCGAUGAAGGGGAGCUAAAGAAGAAAGGGGGAGGGAAAAAGGGCAGAAAAGCUUCUGUGGAGGUCAGCGAAGAGACAGAGCCAAAGAAGAAGAAAAGGAAAAAGGGAGAAGAGGAAGAACCAUUAGUAAUAAAAUGUGAAGAAGUUGAGGAGCAGAGUAGUGAAACAACAGGCAAGAAGAGCAAACGGAAGAAGAGCUCCAAUAAGGAGGGAACACUGGUGGAUGCUGUGAGUUCUGGAACUGGUGCAAAGAAGAACAAGAAGAUUAAAGAAGAGGUGGAAGACCAAGAGGUGAACACUCCCGGUGUGGUAUGGCGCGUGACAGAGGAUGGAACAAAACUGCGACUCAGACCCGCCCAGUGGAGAAUCCAGGAAAGAAGACAGGCUUUACAAAUGGAGAUUGACAAGGCCUCUCAACCUGAAAAACCAGCCAAACCUGCAACUCUCGGCCAGUGGAGCACCGCCCAGUUUGACAGCUCUGAUCAGCAGCAGAAGUUCCUCCGGUUGAUGGGCGGCUUCAAAAAGGGUUUCCAGCCGGCCAUGGGAAACGGUGGUAAAGCAAAUAUGGCGCUGGGGAAGGACGCACAGCAGCAGUUGCAGCAAGGGCUUCUGGGACAGUUUGAACGCGCUCAAUCGCGCAGACUGGACUUCAGUAACAGGGGGUCAGGACUUGGGUUCACGGCACCACCCAAAAAUAAGUUCUCCAUUGACAUCAAUACAUGUCGAUCAGUUCGCUUUGAUGAUUAAUUCACGUGUGUGUGUGUGUAUAUAAUGGAAAUGUGUGUGAUUGGACAAGUUGUUUUUUAUGUGUAUAACUGUAGAUUUUGCACACUUGACUGUUUGUUCGGGUCCGCUGGGAAAUCUAGGCCUACAUCUCACAACAGAAAUCAAUCAGAGACCGAACACGCAGCACAAAAUGCCAUAUGUACAUUCUGUAUAUUAAACAUCCUUACUGAUUCA